GUCUCUUCUUAAUUGUGUCUCAUGUCACAAGUUUUGACCGAGUGUUGAUCAUCGACCUCAGUCUUGUUUUGCUUUUUUAAGACCCCGAUACCCAAUGUUUUUAAACCCAGGCUGCAUGUCUUGAUCUUUCUGCUUUGCAUCCCAAGUCCCCUCCUUCCUUCCCCUCCCAUCUGCACCGUCACCACCACAACCACCAAUCAUUAUCGUCAACACCAUCACCAUUACCAUCUCCGUUACUUCCACAACUACUUACUAUUCAAAAUGACCAUCCCUCCAACAACAACAACCACCCCCUCCUCCACUCAAAACCCUCACCACCCGCCCUCCCAACCCCCCCUCCACACCCUCCUCUCAACCCACGACUUCCUCUCCGCCGCCUCCCUCUCCUUCCCCCCCAAAACCCACGCCUUCGUCACCUCCGCCGCCACCGACCUUGUUACCCACCGCUCCAACUCGCACACUUACUCCCUCAUAACCCUGCGGCCCCGCAUCCUCCGCGACGUUUCUCAGGUUUCCAUCCGCACCACCAUCCUCGGGCACCCGGUCUCCUCGCCCAUCUUCGCCGCCGCGACCUCCUUGGGCAUCACCGUCCACCCCGAGGGCGAAAAGGAGAUUGGAAGGGCUUGCAAAAGACUGGGGGUGGGAAUGACGGUUAGUACCAGUGCUAGUUUUUCGAUACAAGAAAUUGCGGGGGUUGUGAGGGAGACGAAGACGGACGGGGAAGAUGGACAAAAAGAGAUUCCGUUGUGGUUUCAGCUUUAUGUGGAUAAAGACCGGAGCAAAUCGGAGCGGUUGCUAAGGCAGGCUUGUGAAGCGGGGGUGAAAGCUGUGUUUUUGACUGUUGACGCGCCGGUGCCGGGGAAGAGGGAGGCUGAUGAGAGGAUUUCCGCGAGCGAAGCGGUCGGUUUAUCGGCAGGGGUGGUGCCGAUGACGGGGGAGAAGGCGGAGAAUGAUAAGUCUGGAGGCGGACUGGGGAGGAUCACGGGGAAAUUUGUGGAUGCGAGUGUCCAGUGGGGGGAUAUUGCUUGGUUGAGGAAGUGUUUGCCGGAGGAGGUCAAGGUUGUGCUAAAGGGGGUGCAGACGGCUGCGGAUGCGGUCAGGGCGAUGGAGGCGGGCGUGGAGGGGAUCGUGGUGUCGAACCAUGGGGGGAGGAGCUUGGAUACGGCGCCGGCGACGAUUUUGGUUUUGUUGGAGCUGCAGAGGUGUUGUCCGGAGGUUUUUGACAGGAUGGAGGUGCUGAUCGAUGGAGGGGUGAAUGCGCGGGACGGAUGUACGGUCGAGGAGGAACAUCCGUAUGCGAAAUGGAGGCCGUCGAUGAGGAAGAAGGCGGCAUAA